AUGCUACCUCCGGUUCAACCCGUGCCGUCGCCCACAUCACCUACCUUCCAAACUCAUCCUCAACCAAGGGCGAGUGAUGCUGGCCUCCCGGUGCCCUUAAGUCCCGCUACGAUGCCUAGCUCGCCUACCCAGCCUAUGUCACCAGUUGCUUCUGCGGCUGCUACUAUCAAACUGAAACAGGUACAGAUGCAGGAGGUCGGCGUGCGGCCGCCUACUGGGACUACCAACGCUGGCGGAACAAAGACGAUGCCACGAGCCCCUCCAGCAAGCACCCAUAGGCAGAGUCACAGUUUGAGGCAGCGCCCAAAGGUCCUGAGAGGCUGGAGUAACAUGUUUGGGGGAGGUGAACACGGAGAAGAAGGGCGCAACAUCCCUGAUGGUCCGCGGACGGCUAACGCUAAGCACCAACACCACGUCAACGCCCUUUCUCAUUCACGUCCCCUCACACAUGCGCCUACGCAACUCGACUCUGCCAAUCCACCCUUUCUCCCUUCCUCUCACAACUCCCCUUCCCCUCGCACACACGAUCGUCUGGGUUAG